GUUUUGUGGUGGUUUGACUUCCUUGGGUUUAAGAAGCGGGGAAUAGACCUUAAAGACGAAAUUCACUUUUUGGAGGAGACUGUCCCUUUUCCAACCCCCGCAGCAGCAGCCGCUGCAGCAACAACGAAGCAACAGGAGCAGCAGCAGCUGCUGCUGCUGCAGCUGCGGCCUGCGUGGCUGCUGCUGCUUUGCUGCUCAGGUGUCUCUUUUAUCUGUCUCUUCUUUGCUGCCUCUUUGGAUGCUAAAAGGCUACCGAAAUGCCCGCCUGGUUUGGCUGCAGAGGCAGGGUUUGCUGUUGCUGCUGCUGCUGCUGCAACCUACUAUUUGCUGAGGGCCCGCCGAGGCCUACAGAAUGCCAACAAAGGCGCGGCUGGUGAAGGCAGCUGCAGCUGCAGCAGCAGCACGAGCAGCAGCAGCAGCGGGACGAAAAGCAGCCACAGCAGCAGCAGCAGCAGCAGCAGCGUCGGAGUGUACAUACACUUCGGAUCGGAAACAGGAACGGCGGAAAGGGACUUUACCCCCAGUGCCUUUCUGCUGCCUCUUGAUGGCCCCCAGGGGCCCCCCGGAAACUUGUGGGGCCAGGGGGCCCCCAUAACCGCUGCCAGGGGGGCCCCCCAGGGGCCCCCAGGGCCCCAGGGGCCCCCAGGGCCCCAGGGGCCCCCAGGGCCCCAGGGGCCCCCAGGGUCUCAGGGGCCCCCAGGGUCUCAGGGGCCCCCAGGGUUCCAGGGGACCCCAGGGUUUCAGGGGCCCUCAGGGUUUCAGGGGCCCGUGGGGCCCCCUGGAGCCCCCCAGGGGGCCCCUGGGGCGGGCCCCCUGGGGGCCUCUGGGGGCCCCCAGGGGGCCCCUGGGGGCCCCCAGGGGGCCCCCUGGGGGGCCCCAGGGUCUGAGGGGCCCCUUCCGUUGCGAGUGUUAGUGCUGGCAACUCAUGGAGAGGGAGAGGCCACAGCCAGCGCGAAACAGUUUGAAGACUGGCUAAACGGCUACUGCAAGUGGCUGCGGCAGCUGCACCUGCACGUGGUGCAGCGCGGGGACUUCGCUGCUGCGAGUUCGCUGCUGCAGCAGCGGUUGGCUGCCGUGCAGCUCCAGCAGCAGCAGCAGCAGCAGCAGCAGCAGCAGGAGCCCGUGUUCUUACCAGGGGCCUUUGCUGUGCUGGGCCUCUGCAGCAGCAGCUACCCCAGCACUUAUAAUGCCAUGGCUAGCCGCACGCACAGGGCCCUGCGGCGGGCCUGCCGCAUGCAGCAGCAGCUGCACGACAGAAGUGGUGGGCACUGUGGGGGACUGCGACGACAGAGGAGACACAGAAGCAGCAGCGCAGCAGUGGACGGAGCAGCAGCUGCUCCCAGCCCUCAGGCGGCUGCAGCAGCACUGCAGCAGCAGCAGCAGCAGCAGCAGCAACGCUGCCAGGCGUGCUGCACGUAA